UCGUUUUUUUUUCUCUUCGGUUAGCUGAAUCACUCCUCGGUAAGUUCAAUCACGGUUUAUAAGUAAUCUAAAUAUAUUGACAGCAUAAUUGCGAUAUAUUAGGUGAUCCAUCGCUAUAGAGGGAAUGAGCCAAGGCGAAGUCGCUGCCAGUGAGUCGGACACGGAAAAAUACAGGAAGACCAAUAAGUAAGAUACUGGCGAUGUUGAAGAUGGUAAAGAAACAUGACUACAGUGUGAAAACAUGACAUGAGGCAAGACAGGCGGCAAAACUAUAAAAGUGGUGGGAGCAAGCCGAGGCCGGGGCCGCGCGGGGUCCGGACGCAGUGUUGAUAGUUUGAAGGCGGGGCGGGAGGCGGCGGACACACGGCUCUCCUUUACUCCUCAUUUUAGGCGACACCAAGGCAGCGCGGGGCGCGUGUGUGCCGCCAAACACUGAGGAGGCUGUACAAACGCCUGCACAGCACCACCAGGCUGAUGGAGGACGCAGCACCCAGACGCACCCCACCCCCUAAGCCAGCUGUCCUGGGGCUGAGUACCCCAAAGCAUGCUGUGCCAGAAGUCUCCCUCAUGUACGACAGUGAGAGCAGUCUCAUGUGGCAGCCAACACACCGGAACGCUGCCUCCACCACCACCACUGACCAGCCCCACACCACCACCAACACCACAAGAGCUAACCCCACCAGUGAGUUUUCCCGCACCACCGCAAGAUGGCCUCAACCACAGCCAACCCUAGAUUUCUUACACCACGGAGCUAGACCAGCGAAGGGAGUGCGUCAGAUCAGUCCCCUUGCCGCACCACGACCGACAGGGGCACAGCGAUUGACCCCAGGGCACAAGGCAGCUCAAAACAUACGCUUACCCUACACUAGCCCCCCUGUUCACCCUGAUAAGGAGUACAACCCUCAGCAUUACAGUCCCUUAGCCAAACAGUCACCCCAAAUCACCCAAGACACUCAGACUGGCCCACAGAGGGACAGUCCAGCAGGAGGCCAAGUAACAUCAAACAGGGUAAGGUUCUCCCCUGCUUACAGUGUCCCUGGGAUUGCUGGAGUGCCGCAGGGGUCUCACGUUGGCACUCUAUCAUCAGGGAAGAAUGUACACCAGGAUGCUUUGAACACACACACCGGCACUCUGUCCUCAGCACUAUCAGAUGCAAGACAGAACCCUUCAAGCACACUCAGAGCAGUGCCAGUGGUGAGGGAUGUGAGGCAAGGUGUUGUAGGCACUCCUGGUCUUGCCCCUUCAGCAGAGACUAUAAGGCAGGAGAGGGCUAUGGAAGGGAUGCAAGGUACUACACAACCUCUCAACAUCACUCAAGCAUCACAUAUCCCUACGACGAACGCAUACAAGACCUCAUACCCAGUGGAACGUGAGAAUGGAUACACCAGACUGCAGACCCCAGCAUCCAGCACACCACCAAGCCACACUUACAUACCAGCACCUCCUCUUAUAAGCACCAGCAGCACUACAAGACCUACAACAUACUCUCUGGCCUCCACAACAGCACCCAGCCAUAGUUACAGACCAGCACCACCACCCCUUGUAAGCACCAGCAGUACUAUAAGACCUGCUAUGUACCCUCCAGCCUCCACUGCAGCACCUAGCUACAACCCAGCACCACCUGUAAGCACUAACACAAGAACUGCCACUUACCCUCAGGCCCCCAGCACUGGUCUGAAUGAUGCCCCCACUGACUACUCCUCACCGUACCUUCCACAGCCACGACCGGAGAACUACCCGACCACUUACAACAACGCUAACUGGUCUUCCCCUGUCCCCGCAUCCCUGCAAACACCUCCCACUAACCAGUACAUACCCCAGGGACCUGAGUACAUGGGGGCAGCCUGGGGACAUCACCUUGAGCACCACUAUUCCCCAAGUCUCCCUACCGCUAGACUCCCUCACAGCUCGGCAGACCCUGUGGUGUAUGGACUCAUUGAUGACCAGAAACAACAGAUCCUCAAGCUAACCAAAGACCUGCAGAAGAUCAUGGAGAAGCAGGCAAAGGAGGAGGAAGAGGAGGAGGAGGAGGAUAGAAUGCCAAGGGGGACAAGGCGAGGAAGAAGCUCUCAAAAACUUGAUCGGAGUAACGCCACAACACAGACACAAGAAAAACCAGCGAUGAUAAGUGUCGGUAUAAACACUGAUAUAUCCUGGCCUGACCUCCUCGCUUCACUAAGGUACCAGGAGGAGGAGGAGGAGUCAGAUGCGACAGACCCUCGCUACCGAGACCAGGACAGGAAUGAGUGGUUGAGGGACCUUAAGAUGAGUCGCGACCAGGUUCCGUCCCACCAACACUUCACUCGACGCAGGAACAGUGUUGAGUCAGCCUUCGAGACUUCGGAUGACUCGCGUGGAGGCAGUGAGUCAUCCAGCGGCCAGGAGUGGAUACAACAGCAGGGGAAGCCAACACCAACACCCACGCCACCUAACAUCACAAGAGACCACAUGAGGGGUGACACAGGGGGUGGGCGACACAGACCCCUCCAAUCAGUGCAGGGUCCCAGCAGUGACACCCCGCCUCCAGGCACCUCUCCUCCCCCCUCCCCCACACCCCCACCCCAGCCCCCCACUGGCACUACCUUCUACCACAAUGUUCUGACCAACAUUCAGCAGAUCCUCCAGCACACCAACCCAUCCCAAGAACAGCACCAACAACAGCAACAGCACCAACAAGUCAUGCCAUCACAGGCCAUGGUGGUGAGGGCAGGCACAGGGGAGAGCGGUGGUGGCGGUGGCGGCAGCGGCGGCGGGCCAGACCCCCAGAUAGAAGCAGUGCGGCGGCAGCUGCUCAACUUUGGCGUCAGCUUCCUUGACCCCGCCACCCUCACGCCCAGCCACAGGCCGCUAGUGGACAGCCUGUACCUGCCGGGGAUCCACAACACCGUCUCGCUGUACCAGACCAGCCUCACCACCACCGCCACACACCUGCACCACCACCCCUGCGAUGCCACAGCCGCCAAGUACCUCACGGACACCCAGCUGGCCGCAAUCGCUGCUGCCUCGCCAGCGAUGAAGAAGCAAAGCGAUCAGCCUGGCGGCCCUGCUCCCCUACCUCCUGGCCUCCCCCCCACCCAGCACCUCUACCGCCUCCACCCCGAUGACAGCGACAACAACAACAACAACAAUGACAACAGUGUUUCCAUGGCCACCAGGAAGUUCUUGGAGAAGUAUGGGCUGCAGGAGGACUGACUGGCUGACACACUCUCUUAAUACUGACUGAUUAUAUUAUUCACUUGACUGACUGGUGCCAAAAUGCUGGGCAGUUUGGCAGGAGGACUGACUGGCUGCCUGACUGUAUCUCACUCACUCAUUAACUGACGUUAUUUGCCUGGUUGACUGACUGAUACCUGCUCACUGGACUGUUUGACUUCUUGUCUGACUAAUUGACUGUUGACCUUACUAACUGAUUAACUAAGCAACCUGACAAAUGACUUUACUUGACUGACUUUCUGACCCUACAUGUAACUUAACCUGACUGACUGACUGAAACUGGUUGACUUAUGGACUGGUUACCUUCCUCUCUGGCACCUGUUGUGUGCUAUUCACAUAAAUACUUAUAACUAUUUUCUACGUUGUUCUUUACACAAAAAAUGCUGCUGGUAUUUCUAAGAGGAAUAAUAUAUUACAUAAAUGUAUAUUAAAAAGCAUAAAUGAACUAAAAUAUAAUA